GCAGCGUGGGCGGGAGUCUGUUGCAGAUCCACAGACGGGUUAUGGAGGCCCCACCCUCCCCAGAGCCAGGCCCCGGAUCCCUGUCUGUCUCUUUUAUUAUUUUGGCAGGGCGUUGAGAAGUUAAUCUUUCUCUACUGGAGCGGCUUCCCUUUUUUUUCACCCUGAGAGGACGCCAAAAGGAAGAGACCUCAAGUUGCCAUGAACUCUGCCGUGACCACCAAUGAGGACCCCGACUUCUUGCAGAGGGAUGAUAGCUUGCUCAGCUCCCACGAUGAUGGCCAAGGCAAGAAGAAGGAUGGCCAGUCGGGGAGUCCCAGCAGCAGCCACCUGGCCUAUAGCAUCUUGGACAUCCCACCAUGGUAUCUCUGCAUCUUCUUGGGGAUCCAGCACUUCCUUACGGCCCUGGGGGGGCUCGUGGCAGUGCCACUCAUCCUGGCGGAUUACCUGUGUCUGCAGCAUGACCCCCUGACCCAGAGCUACCUCAUCAGCACCAUUUUCUUUGUCUCUGGCAUCUGCACUCUCCUGCAAGUGUUUUUAGGAGUCAGGCUGCCCAUUCUCCAGGGAGGGACAUUUGGUUUUGUGGCACCCUCCCUGGCCAUGCUCUCCCUUCCUGCCUGGAAGUGCCCCGAGUGGACACUCAAUGCCAGCCAGGUGAACACCAGCUCUCCUGAAUUCACAGAGGAAUGGCAGAAGAGGAUCCGAGAGUUGCAGGGCGCCAUCAUGGUCGCUUCCUGUGUCCAGAUUCUAGUGGGCUUCUCAGGCCUCAUCGGCUUUCUCAUGCGCUUCAUUGGCCCCUUGACCAUUGCUCCGACCAUCUCCCUGGUGGCCCUGCCUCUCUUCCAUUCUGCAGGGAAUAAUGCUGGGAUCCACUGGGGGAUUGCCGCCGUGACCAUCUUCCUCAUCGUGCUGUUUUCUCAGUUCCUGAAAAACGUCGUGGUGCCCGUGCCCAUUUAUGGACGAGAGAGGACGGGUUUCACCUCUAAGUUCUACCUGUUUCAGGUCUUCCCUGUGCUGCUGGCCCUCUGCAUCUCAUGGUUCCUCUGCUUUGUGCUCACGGUGACCAAUGCCCUCCCCGCGGACCCCACAGCCUAUGGGUACCAGGCCCGCACCGACACCAAAGCAAAUGUCUUGAGCCAGGCUCCUUGGUUUCGCUUCCCUUACCCAGGACAGUGGGGCUUCCCCACCGUCAGCCCGGCUGGGGUCUUUGGGAUCAUGGCAGGGGUGAUUUCCUCCAUGGUGGAGUCGGUAGGCGAUUAUUAUGCCUGUGCCCGCCUGGCAGGGGCCCCACCCCCUCCGAAGCACGCCAUCAACCGCGGCAUCGGCAUUGAGGGCAUUGGCUGCCUGCUGGCAGGGGCCUGGGGGUCCGGGAACGGCACCACCUCCUACAGCGAGAAUGUUGGGGCACUGGGGAUCACCAAGGUGGGGAGCAGGAUGGUGAUUGUUGCAGCGGGCUGUGUACUGCUCCUGAUGGGAGUAUUUGGGAAGAUUGGGGCUGCAUUUGCCACUAUCCCAACCCCUGUGAUCGGAGGCAUGUUCCUGGUGAUGUUCGGAGUCAUCGCUGCUGUGGGGAUUUCCAAUCUGCAGUACGUGGACAUGAACUCAUCCAGGAACAUUUUUGUCUUUGGAUUCUCCAUCUUCUGUGGGCUUGCUAUUCCCAACUGGGUGAACAAGAACACUGAGAAGCUCGAAACAGGGAUUCCCCAACUGAACCAGGUCAUCCAGGUGCUGCUGACCACGGACAUGUUUGUAGGUGGACUUUUGGGCUUUCUACUGGACAACACCAUCCCAGGAAGUCCAGAGGAGAGAGGCCUCCUGGCAUGGAAUCAAAUCCACGAGCAGUCUGAGGAGACUACGAAGGCAUCAGAGGUCUACGGCCUCCCCUGUGGGAUUGGCACAAAGUUCUGCACUUCCUCCUAUACUCGGUACCUCCCCUUCUGGCCCAGAGUGGAACAUCGUGGGACAGGUGAGGUUGGAGCAUGCCAGCUUACCCUCUACUCCCACGAUUCCUCAGGAGAGUGUCUGAAGGAUGCCACAGAAACCAGGAUGUAAGGAGAACUCUCUGCAUUGCGGGUGGGAAUGUAAAUUGGUACAACCACAAUGGAAAGCAGUAUGGAGGUUCCUCAAAAAUUUAAAAAUAGAACUACCGUAUGAUCCAGCAAUUCUACUUCUGGGUAUUUAUUUGAAGAAAAUGAAAACACUAAUUCGAAAAGAUAUAUACAUCCCCAUGGUCACUGCAGCAUUAUUUACAAUAGCCAAGAUAUGGAAACAACCUAGGUGUCCACUGAUGGAUGAAUGGAUAAAGACUAUGUGGUGUAUAUAUAUAUAUACACACACAAUGGAAUAUUAUCCUGCCAUAGAAAAGAAUGAAAUCUUGCAAUUUGCGACAACAUGAAUGGACCUCGAGGGCUUUAUGCUAAGUGAAAUAAGUCAGACAGCUCUGCCCUGGAGCAGCAGGGGGAUUGGCCACAACCUCCAAAUUCCCUGCUGAGCCACAGAGGAGAUCUCUUUGGAAUUGGUUAGGGCACUUUUGGCUGGAAAUGAGAAAAGUAACUCAAAAAUGGGAGAUGGGAUUUAUUGAUUCUUUUAACUGGGAAGGAAGGAAACUAGGAGACCUCACAAAAACACAGGAGGAAUCGUAUAAACAAAGGAUAAUACUGGUAGAUAGUAUAAAAUCCAAAAGGUCCAGGAGAGCAUACGUGAAAAGCAAGUCUUUCUGCCACCUCUGCCUACCCCACCCUGUAUAAAAGCUACAAGGGAGCGGUUACUUUUACUUUUUUCCCCCAGCUUCCUUUUUACAGCAUUUCUUGACUCUGCUAAGUCCUACACAGCUGCCUCUGGGAAGCUGUCCCCACCCCCCCAGGCAAACUCUACACAUUCAUGCUGUGACCACCCAACGACCAAGCUCACCACAGCACAACCUGGCCCCAAAUCGAGACCACACUGCUCCAUCUACAGUGGGAUGAGUCAAUUCUGCUACGAGAAGGAGAAAGGAUGUGGAUACUCCCCUUUUAUAAGAAUAGCCAACGCCCAUUGAACUCAUUUACACCUCACAAAGAUCCUCUCCAACUGGUUACUAUGAUUAUCCCUAUCUUACAGAUGACAAAACUGGGCAGAGAGAGGCCCAACGUCAGAGCUAGUAAAAGCGAUGGUCAGGAUUUUAACCCAGCCCAUCAUGCUAUCCUGGUGUGCUCUGCAAUCUCAGAUGCCGAAGCCAGAGGGGCAGAAAUUCCUGAUCUUGAUCCUGAUCACCUAUCUUCCCGUUGUCGCCGAUGCUGGACACAGUGUUCUCGUCGUAGCUGAACUCCACGGAGUAGACCUCUCCGCAGUAGGCCUUACAGUUCAUAGUGCACUCGUGCUGCUGCAUAUCUGAGGCAACAGAUGCCUCUGAGAUUCCCGCCCGGGCCCCGGGGAGGCAUCAGCCCAGGACAGGAGGCACCCCUCGCCCUCUGCCCAGUGGGUGGGAGCUGUUCUGGAGGCAGAGGGCCUCCAGGACCCGACAGGUGUCACAGAGCUGACGCUUGCCGAAGAGGCCAGGCUGCCUCUGAGCCCCACAAGCAGCUUCUUUCACUGGGUCAAAAGUAAGGUUCUGGAAUCCCUGGGCAGAGCCCGUUCGUCUAGGAGGACACAAAAGUCCUUCCUACGAGGCCUCUGUAACUUCCCACCAGGGUGCCCUGGGGAUCUGUUAAAGAUACAGUCCCUAGUCCCAUCCCUGACCCUCUGACUCUGGGUCUCCU